UUGACUCGUCUGGAAAAAGGCAGAGCGAUGAUUAGCCUCAGGGUGGAACAGCACUCAGAAUCUCCGAGAUCCCGUCAAGACCAUCUUUCCCGUGGAAACGACGAUACCAGAGCCUACGACGGCAAUGCCGAUUGCCAGUGAGAGUACCACCGUCAACUCCGUUACUACCACAAUGACAACUUUUUCCGCCCCGGUCACCGCACCUAGAUCGAUGCCCAACAAUCAGUCUGCGUUGGCGGCAUCCUUCACCAAUUUCCUCACCGUAUCAAUACACCAGAUCCUGUUUCUACGUUCGGUCUAUCCACGAGCCACGUUCCUCCCCGUGCGGGCGUACAACUAUCCCGUCCGACAAUCCCGUCACCCCAAGGUGUGUGAUUACAUCAAUGACGCGUCAAUUGCGGUCGGAACGGAGAUCUUGAAAGGCACAAUAACCGCUGUCAGCAUUAUCAUCUCCUCCCUCCGUACGAAUCAACCCCUCGAACGAUAUGCCUUUGAUUUAUCGGGCUUCCCCCGUGUUCCGGCUGGCGAAGUCAAUACCACCUUCGAAGACAGAAGAGAGGAACAAACCAAAGCGGGUGUUCCCGUAACCGACCGGGCUUCCGCCCCCACAUCAGUCGACCUUGAAGCGCAAUUCCGGGCCUGUCUAGCAAGACUGGCUUCAGCUUGUGCGCGCCUGACUCCUUUGCCUCGGGACGAUGAAUUCAGUUUCACCGUUUGCAUCGAGGUGCGGGAAGAUGCUUUACCCCCGGCGGGGACCACAACCGAAGAACAGACAUGGAUUGUGGCCGAACCGGAUAAGGUCCACCUCCGAUCGUGCACCGCCCCUUACUCCGUUUCUAAGUUGAGAAACGGCGAGCCGCAACAGCCGCCUCCAAAGGUAUCGAAUGGACGUGCCAAGACGGUCCCGGUACGACGUGUAGAAGCUGGAGAGCUUCGACUGGAACUAUGGGUGGAAGAGGCACGGCAGAAGUUUAAUGAACCGGUGGACUCUGAACAUCCACCAUGAGCUUGGAUCUCCACCUUAUAGCUUGCUGCCGUGUUCGUCUAGUUCACCAUUAUUUUCUGAUUUCAGUGAAACAUUUUUUGCUCCUUAUCUCAUAUCUCC